CAACCAUUCAAAUUUUUGUUUCACAUAUUUACCGAUAAGUGGCGUUUUGGUAGUUUCAAAAUGGACGACUUUUCAUUCGCCAGCUCACUUAUCUGAUCAACUCUACAGUUUAUGUUCUUUUUACUCUGAUACACGAUGGGUAUUUCGCGCGAUCAUUGGCAUAAAAGACGCGCAACCGGAGGUAAACGGAAACCUCUCCGAAAAAAGAGGAAGUUCGAGUUAGGACGGCCAGCUGCCAACACAAAACUUGGACCUCAACGAAUUCAUACCGUUCGUACUCGUGGAGGGAACAAGAAAUACCGUGCUCUACGAUUAGACACGGGUAAUUUCUCAUGGGGAAGUGAAUGCACUACCCGAAAAACGCGUAUUAUUGACGUAGUUUACAAUGCGUCAAAUAAUGAACUUGUCCGUACAAAAACAUUGGUUAAAAAUGCUAUUGUUACCAUCGAUGCCACGCCUUUCAGACAGUGGUACGAAAGUCAUUAUAUCCUCCCACUAGGACGCAAACGAGGAUCUAAACUUACUGAAGCUGAAGAGGAAAUCUUCAAUAAAAAAAGAUCAAAGAAGACUGAAAAUAAAUACAAAGCACGUCAACGCUUUGCAAAGGUGGAACCAGCCUUAGAAGAACAAUUUGCCACUGGACGUGUUUUGGCAUGUGUUUCUAGCAGACCUGGUCAGUGCGGUCGCGCUGAUGGUUAUAUUUUAGAAGGAAAAGAGUUGGAGUUCUAUAUGAGAAAGAUUAAGAGCAAGAAAGCUAAGUAAUUGUAAACAUAUAAAUAAAACAAAAAAAAAACGCAAUGUUAAA